AUGCUUUUGUUAACAGACAUACCUCUCUGGUCUCUUUCACCUGUUGACUGCUACAAGAACCAAAAACGGUGCCGUGUCAUGGCUGUGGUCGAUUGA